UUCUGACCUCCCUGCUCCCCACCAGCUUCUGUAAUAAAGCCAACAAACACAAGCCAUGGAUAGAAGCAGAGUAUCAGGGCAUUGUCAUGGAGAAUGACAACACCGUCCUACUCAACCCACCACUCUUUGCCCUGGACAAGGAUGCCCCUCUGCGUUAUGCUGGUGAAAUCUGUGGCUUCCGACUGCAUGGGGCUGGGGUUCCCUUUGAGGCUGUGAUCCUGGACAAGGCGACCGGAGAGGGGUUGAUCCGAGCCAAGGAGCCGGUAGACUGCGAGGCUCAGAAGGAGCACAGCUUCACCAUUCAGGCUUAUGACUGUGGCGAAGGUCCAGAUGGGGCCAAUACCAAGAAGUCACACAAGGCAACUGUGCACGUGAGAGUAAAUGAUGUGAACGAGUUUGCCCCAGUAUUUGUGGAGCGGCUGUACCCAUCAGUGACAGAGGGGAAGCUGUAUGACCGAAUUCUAAGAGUAGAGGCUAUUGAUGGUGACUGCUCCCCACAAUACAGCCAGAUCUGCUAUUAUGAGAUCCUCACCCCCAACACUCCUUUCCUCAUUGACAAUGAUGGUGAGAAACUGCAAUACAGUGGGGAGCGGCUCAAUAAAUUCACAGUGACCGCCUAUGACUGUGCGAAGAAGAGGGCAGCUGAUGAUGCUGAGGUAGAGAUCCAGGUGAAGCCCACGUGCAAGCCCAGCUGGCAAGCUGGAGCAAAAGGGAUUGAGUAUUGCACCUGGUGCUGGGAGCCGGCCUUAUUUCCUGGCAUCCGCCUAGAAACUUGUGAUGAGCCAUUGUGAAACAUUCAGGCCAUCGAGCUGCAGACCAGUCAUGUGGCCAAGGGCUGUGAUCGGGACAACUAUUCAGAAAGGGCCCUUCGAAAACUCUGUGGUGCUGCCACAGGGGAGGUGGAUCUGCUCCCUAUGCCUGGCCCUAAUGCUAACUGGACGGCGGGGCUCUCCGUGCACUACAGUCAGGACAGCAGCCUCAUCUACUGGUUCAACGGAACCCAGGCUGUGCAGGUCCCCCUGGGCAGUGGGGGUGGUGUUGGAUCUGCCUCCCAAGAUGGCCUCAGUGACCAUUUCACUUUAUCCUUCUGGAUGAAACAUGGAGUGACCCUGAGCAAGGGCAAGAAAGAGGAGGAAACCAUCGUGUGCAACACUGUCCAGAAUGAGGAUGGCUUCUCCCACUACUGGCUGACAGUCCAUGGCUGCCGAAUUGCUUUCCUUUACUGGCCUUUGCUGGAGGGUGCCACGUCAGUCAAGUUCCUUUGGAAUUGGAGGCAGGUCUGUGAUGAUGAGUGGCAUCACUAUGCUCUGAACCUUGAGUUCCCCACAGUCACACUCUAUGUGGAUGGAAUCUCCUUUGACCCUGCUCUCAUCCAUGACAAUGGCCUCAUCCACCCCCCUCGCCAAGAGCCUGCUCUCAUGAUUGGGGCCUGCUGGACUGAGGAAAAAAGCAAAGAGAAGGAGAAAGGAGGAGACAACAGCACAGAUUUGAACCAAGGAGACCCUCUGCCGAUUCACCACUACUUCCACGGCUACCUGGCUGGUUUCAGUGUGCGCUCAGGCCGCUUGGAGAGCCGUGAGGUUAUCGAGUGCCUCUAUGCAUGUCGGGAGGGGCUGGACUAUAGGGACUUCGAGAGCCUGGGCAAAGGCAUGAAGGUCCACGUGAAUCCCUCGCAGUCCCUACUCACCCUGGAGGGAGAUGACGUGGAGACCUUCAACCACGCCCUGCAGCAUGUGGCUUACAUGAACACUCUGCGCUUUGCAACACCUGGUGUGCGGCCCCUGCGCCUUGCCACUGCUGUCAAGUGCUUCAGCGAGGAGUCCUGCGUCUCCAUCCCUGAUGUGGAGGGCUAUGUUGUGGUCCUCCAGCCAGAUGCCCCUCAGAUCCUGCUAAGUGGGAUGACCCAUCUAGCCCACCCUGCUGUGGACUUUGAAGGGCCCGAGGGAGUCCCUCUAUUUCCUGAGCUCCAGAUCACCUGUUCCAUCUCCCACCAGGUGGAGACCAAAAAAGAUGAGAACUGGCAGGGCACAGUGACAGACACUCGAAUGUCCGAUGAGAUUGUGCACAACCUGGAUGGCUGUGAGAUUUCACUGGUUGGGGAUGACCUGGACCCAGAGAGAGAAAGUCUGCUAUUAGAUGCAGCAUCCCUGCAGCAGCGAGGACUGGAGAUCAGUAAUACCUCUGCCUAUAUCACCAUUUCUGGAGUAGAAAGCAUCACAGUGUAUGAGGAGGUGCUGAGGCAAGCACGCUACAAGCUGAGACAUGGGGCCGCCCUCUACGCCAGGAAAUUCAGGCUUUCCUGUUCUGAAAUGAAUGGCCGCUAUUCCAGCAACGAGUUCAUUGUAGAGGCAAAUGUACUGCAUAGCAUGAACCGGGCUGCCUACCCCAGCCAUGUGCUCAGCUCCCAGCAAUUUCUUCAUCAUGGGCACCAGCCGCCUGCAGAGAUGGCUGGACACAGCAUAGCCAGCGCUCACCAAAACUCCAUGGUUCCUAGUGCAGCAACUCUCAUCAUUGUGGUCUGUGUGGGGUUCCUGGCACUCAUGGUUGUCCUGGGCCUGGUACGGAUCCAUUCCCUGCACCAGCGUGUCUCAGGAGCUGGAGGUUCACCAGGGGCCUCAGAUGACCCCAAAGACCCUGACCUUUUCUGGGAUGACUCAGCCCUCACAAUCAUCGUCAACCCUAUGGAGUCAUACCAGAAUCGGCAGGCGUGUGUGGCAGGGGCUGCUGGAGGGCAGCAAGAGGAUGAGGACAGCAGUGACUCUGAGGCAGCUGACUCUCCCAGCAAUGAAGAGAGGCGCAUCAUUGAGUCAGCCCCACACCGCUACUAAGGUCCCCUCCCCAGAGAGAGAGCCCCCUACCCAGGAGAGAAGAGACAAGAGACACCCACACUGACAAGGAAAGAGACAUCUUGGAACAGGACAAUUGAGUCUGAAAGAGUGAGACCCUCUCCAGGGAAGUCCCUGGAGUGAGCUAUCUUUGGAAUCCUACUCCCCUCCCCUCCCUCAAAUAGUGUCUCUCCUCCAUCCCUGUUAAACCUUCCCUCUUGAGCAUCCCCUCCCAAGUCCAAGAAUCUUCUUUCCCCUGUAGGAACCCAGGAUGCUUAUAUUAGAAAGGGGGAUGAAGGGGUCUCUCUUAUCCCCCAUGGCAGCCAACACUACUGGUGUUUUUGCUCCUUCAUUACUGCCGACUGGGCUUAAUAGUUCAUGUGAAAAACUACACUCCAGGAAAGGCUAGUAGCAAUGGGGUUGAGGAAGUGAUGAGAGAAAACCCCCUGCUUCCCCUUCCCUCCCCUCCCUUUAAGCUUUUCUUCCCUCAACGUGGAUACUCCCCCUCUUGGUAUUCUUCCCUUUUCCCCAGUUUACUCUGGGGGGAGGCCCCUCUUCCUUCCUUUCCCUCCCCUGCCUCUUUCCAAGGUCCCUCCAUUCUAUCUUUGGCCCAACCCCCCUUCUCUAGUCUUGAGGUUCUCUACACCCUAUCCCUGUUUCCAUGGGGAUGGGUCAGGGAAUGGUGGAAGAGGUGCCCUGGGUGUCUUAUAUAUAAUGUAUAUUUUUUCAAUGUUAUACUGAACACAGCCCCCGUGUUCCUGUGAGCAGCUCACAGCCUUGUGUCACUUGUCAUCAUGUGUCAGCUCACAGCCAUCAUGUCUGGGAAGGGGGUGGGGUUGGGUGAGGGUGGGGCACC